UAUCGCUCCCGCCCAUCCCCAUCACUCCCAGUACACCAGAUUGCGCCUCUCUGUCUGUGUUGAAACGGGUAGGAGAAGGCAUCUAGCUAGUUGUGGUGCUACGUGCUCGUUUGUUCAAACUGAAACCUGCCGUUAUUUAGCAAAUAAUCCGACCGCACACUCUUGGAAAUCAGUGAUACAGACCGAAGACGCCAGAAGAAAACCUGAUGUUGAUCAUCAUCGAUUAUUUUACUACGUGGUUACCUGCAAUUUUUUUAUAGAGAUGUUCACGUAACGUUAGCUUUGACCAGCCGAUUUGAGCCGUUCGGAAUUUAAUCUAAAUUUACUGGUUAGCGAGCUACUCAUGCAGUGCUCCCUGUAUGGACUGCAGCUAGCCAUUUGACGUUUUUGUUAUAGUCAUUUUUAGAUUUUUAUUAAACACUGAUGCCCAGAUAAGCCAGAAACAUAACCUUGCGACGAUAUUCGGGGAAAUAACGUGGAAGUCAAGAUACAUUGCAUAUCCAUGAGCUCAGACUUCCAGCACUACAGCUUCAGAAUGCCGAACAUCGGGUUUCAGAACCUGCCCCUCAAUAUCUACAUCGUGGUGUUCGGAACGGCCAUAUUCGUCUUCAUCCUGAGCCUGCUCUUCUGCUGCUACCUCAUCAGGUUACGGCAUCAGGCCCACAAGGAGCUCUACGCCUACAAGCAGGUUAUACAGAAGGAAAAAGUCAAGGAGCUAAAUCUACAUGAGAUAUGCGCGGUGUGUUUGGAGGAGUUCAAACAGAAAGACGAGCUGGGGAUAUGCCCAUGCAAACACGCCUUUCACAGGAAGUGCCUCAUUAAGUGGUUGGAGGUGAGGAAGGUGUGCCCGCUCUGUAACAUGCCCGUCCUGCAGCUGGCCCAGCAGCAGGGUGGCGCCGAGGCCCAGGGUCCCACACAGCAGCCCCUGCCCGGCGUGGAGAACCUGGUCUAGCCCCCCCCCCCGUAGGGCCCCACCUUACCCCAGCCCCCCUGUACAGGUACACAUGUCAAUGGCACAGACUGGAGGACUGAUGUUACUAUGCAGAGACCAGCUACACGUUCAUCUGCAACUUCACUUUUUUCUGCCUCGGUGAAUUCAGAGUUUUAUUUUUAUUUUUUUUAGUUUUUUUUCUGUUUUUUGUGGACACUGAAGAACCCGUGCUCUCGUUGGCCGAGCUGGGGUCAAACAUGACUUUCGCAACCAAAGCACUUUUUUUCUGGGGUCACCAGCACAAGAGGAAAAAGAAGAAGAGAAAAAAACUGAACUAAAUAAAAGCAAACAAACAGCAAAACCUUUGAACACAAAUGGCUGCAUUUUCUUUAUGUAACAAACACUUUUUUUUAACCAGCACUUUACAAGGACUCUUAAAAACCUAAUCGCUUGUGAAGGUAGUAGCAAGGUCAUAUUUUGUAUUUUAUCAUUAUUCAUUUUAUUUGAGAUUCUUGCGUAUAGAGCCCCACACUGCUUUCAUUUUGACAGCGAAAGACUGUUUGAAAUGGUGUGAAAGGGACGGCUUUUGAAGGACGGAGCACGCGGUGGUGCGCCUGUUUGUCUGAGGGCUGGAGAAUCCUUGGUCUUGUGGAGACUGAAUCAAAGGAGGAGCAGGAGGAGUUUUUUUUGGGGUGGAGGACGAGAAGACCAGGAUUCUGGAUACUCAGCAGCCUUUAUCCCACUAAUGUGAAUGUGACUGAUGUAGAGGGGGGUGGUGUGUCCCUUGGGAAAUCUCAAGCUCUGUAUUCAUGCCCCUUUACACUCGGCCUCUCCCUCUCUUUCUCUUUCUCUUUCUCUCUCUCUCUCUCUCUCUCUCUCUCUCUCUCUCUCACACACACGUUCUGUCUCUCUCUCACUGUGGGCCUCCCUAAUUUAAAGGUGUCACACAGGGGGAUUUAUUUGGUUUUUCCCAGUGGCUUCUGUUGUUGUUUCACACCAAUAGCUGCGCCUGGAAGUUGUACAUCUGUGUUCUGAACUUCUGAACUCGUAACUGGGAAAAUUCUGAUCUGGAAAGAAAAAGAAAUGCAACAAUGCCAUCGGGAGAGCCAGCGCGUGACUUUGCGGUUUUCACACCCAGUCCGCUUUUCCUCACCGCUGGGUCCACAUCGCCCUUAGUCACCUCCUUCCCCCCCGGCUGUCCUUCAUGUUACAUAAUCACGCCAGCUCGCUGUACCUUGCGGCUCCAGAGCGGAGGCUUCCCGCCUGGCCUCCCUCGUGCCUUGUGUGCGAGCGCGCUCCGUGAGAGUUUCCUGUCCAAGGCGCUGGACUUCUCUGAUCCAUACCGUUGGUUUGUGUGUAGACCGGCACGAGUGUUUGAACCACCUCCACUUGUGCAGCCCGCCACUUCCUGUGGAGAAUUAGGCAGGAAGUCGGGGGAACCAGAGAGCCCGCAGACUUGGUCCCCUGGCACUGAUUGAGCUCCAGCCAAUCAGGAACCUCCCUGCCUGUUGCAUAACUGUGCAUGAGAGGCCUCUGUGAUCCCCUCGGGUGUCGUUCGCAUUGCUUUUUGGGGGAAAGGUCACUGCCAAAACGCACGAGGACGAGCCCUUGGGGUCUCAUAUUUAGCAUUUAGGUGCAAAAAAAUGUAAAUAGGUUUGAGUUCAAUGACAGCAAUAACCACUUAAAAUUUGUGAGAAGGGGCUCACGUUAAAAUCGUUUCCUCUGUUGUAUAUAUAA